AUGCUGAAGCCGGGGGACCCCGGUGGCUCGGCCUUCCUCAAAGUGGACCCAGCCUACCUGCAGCACUGGCAGCAACUCUUCCCGCACGGAGGCGGCGGCGGCCCGCUCAAAGGCAGCGGGACGGCGCUUCCCCUCGGCGCGCCCCAACCCCUGCAACCGCCACCGCCGCCGCCGCCUCCGCCUCCGCCGCCGCCUCCCGAGCGCGCCGAGCCUCCUCCGGACGGCCUGCGGCCGCGGCCCGCCUCGCUCUCGUCCGUCUCGUCCACCCCGGCUCCCUCCUCCACCUCCGCCUCUUCUGCCUCCUCCUGUGCCGCCGCCGCCGCCGCUGCCGCCGCCGCCGCCGCGCUGGCGGGUCUCUCGGCCUUGCCGGUGGCGCAGAUGCCGGUGUUCGCGCCCCUAGCUGCUGCUGCGGUGGCCGCGGAGCCGCUGCCCCCCAAGGACCUGUGCCUGGGCGCCUCCUCGGGCCCUGGGCCCGCUAAGUGCGGUGGCGGCGGCGGCGGCGGCAGCGCGGGGGACAGCCGUGGCGUCCCGCGUUUCCGCUGCAGCGCCGAGGAGCUGGACUAUUACCUGUACGGCCAGCAGCGCAUGGAAAUCAUCCCGCUCAACCAGCACACCAGCGACCCCAACAACCGUUGCGACAUGUGCGCGGACAACCGCAACGGGGAGUGUCCCAUGCACGGGCCACUGCACUCGCUGCGCCGGCUUGUGGGCACCAGCAGCGCUGCGGCCGCUGCACCCCCGCCGGAGCUGCCCGAGUGGUUGCGGGACCUGCCGCGGGAGGUGUGCCUGUGCACUAGCACCGUGCCCGGCCUGGCGUACGGCAUCUGUGCAGCGCAAAGGAUCCAGCAGGGCACUUGGAUUGGGCCCUUCCAGGGCGUGCUCCUGCCACCGGAGAAAGUGCAGACCGGCGCGGUGAGGAACACGCAGCACCUCUGGGAGAUAUAUGAUCAAGAUGGGACACUUCAGCACUUUAUUGAUGGUGGGGAGCCCAGCAAGUCGAGCUGGAUGAGGUAUAUCCGAUGUGCAAGGCACUGUGGAGAGCAGAACCUAACAGUAGUUCAGUACAGGUCGAAUAUAUUCUACCGAGCCUGUAUAGAUAUCCCCAGGGGCACCGAGCUUCUGGUGUGGUACAAUGACAGCUAUACGUCUUUCUUUGGGAUCCCCUUACAAUGCAUUGCCCAGGAUGAAAACUUGAACGUCCCUUCCACAGUCAUGGAAGCCAUGUGCCGACAAGACGCCCUACAGCCCUUCAACAAAAGCAGUAAGCUUUCUUCCUCCGGCCAGCAGCGCUCGGUGGUUUUCCCACAGACUCCCUGCAGCAGGAAUUUCACCCUCUUGGAUAAAUCUGGGCCCAUCGAGGCAGGAUUUAACCAAAUCAACGUGAAGAAUCAGCGGGUCCUGGCCAGCCCAACCUCCACCAGCCAGCUGCACUCGGAGUUCAGCGACUGGCACCUUUGGAAGUGUGGCCAGUGCUUUAAGACUUUCACGCAGCGAAUCCUCCUGCAGAUGCACGUAUGCACACAGAACCCGGACAGACCCUACCAGUGUGGCCACUGCUCCCAGUCCUUUUCCCAGCCGUCAGAACUGAGGAACCACGUGGUCACCCACUCCAGCGACAGACCUUUCAAGUGUGGCUACUGUGGUCGCGCAUUCGCUGGGGCCACCACCCUCAACAACCACAUCCGGACGCACACUGGAGAAAAGCCCUUCAAGUGCGAGAGAUGUGAGAGGAGCUUCACCCAGGCCACGCAGCUGAGUCGACACCAGCGAAUGCCCAACGAGUGCAAGCCAAUAACCGAGAGCCCGGAAUCAAUCGAAGUGGAUUAACUGAUUGACUGGCUGGAAUUAAACUGCAAGGAAAGUCAUGAUUAAAUGUCACGGACACUUAAGCAAAACCAAAGAUUUCCUCUGAGCAACUUUCAAUCAGUCCCAGAAAACCAAAAGCAGUAAUAAAAUAAGUAAGAUGUUAAGAGAUAUUGAUCCUGGCAUGGAAGUCAGACCAGGAAAGAGAUUAUUUAUUUAUGACUAGGGAUGAGACUGAUGUCCGUGGACAGCUCACCUGGGAUGGCUAGCAUUUCCGGUCCAACCAUGAGUUUGCUUUAUUUCUAAAAAAGCUUUUUUU